AUGACCUCGCCGCGUGAUAUACCCGUGCUUUCGAGCUCCCCCAUCUCUGUCAGAGGCAGUCCCGUUGCACGACGUAGAAGAGACAGCGGUAGCCAAUCCGACUCAGUGGAACCAAGCUCCCGCGCACGUCAACCAGUCUAUCCCCUUUCCCUUGACCACAAUGACCCUGAUUCUCGGGAACGGCAAAGAGCCAUGGAUGUAGACAUGGCCUUGCAGCUUUCUCGUGCGCGCAGAGAGACUAUGGUCUCUCCUUCCCACUACGAACCUCCGCUAAGGGAGGAGAUGGAACCCUCCUUUCUCCUUAACACUUCGGAGCAACUCGCUUUUGGUAUCGCUCACGAUGAUGGUAUCCACCCCCUCGACCAGGAUGUCAGCGGGGUGUCUGAAGAACCACUCCAUGCAGUGAGACCAGCUGACGCUGAGCUUAGUAACCUCGAUCAAGCUCGUAACCACGCCCUGCUAGACACACCGGAGGGGCGUUACAAUCCAGCUCACCACGAGGAUGCAUCAACAUCGAUGACAGGUCUACCGAGUUAUCACGCCAAUUCUUUCCGCUCCGUCUUUGAUUUUAACCUUCUGGAAAGUUUUGCCUCAGAGGAAAAAGCUAAUCAAGGCACAACGUUCGGUAGUGAGCCGCCUCCGUUUAGACACAACAAACCAGCUGAAGGUCAAGUCGGUGAUGCAGGGCAACCAUCUUCCCAAACAGACCUAUCAAAGACUGGCAUUGAGCCUUCUAACGCACAAUCACCCCCAAACCUGCGUGUAGGCGGUCGUCACCGCAAGCUGAGCCAGAGUAGUCCAAUUCCUCGCUCCCACCGCAGAGUCACACGGGGGAAAAUGGUCCCUUUCGACCAUCGGAACGAGCCUGUUUCCCGAUUUCCAGCACAUCUCAUGGCUGAGGGACAACUCAGCACCGUCCCGUCCUCCGAUAAUCUCUCGACAAUCUGUCAGCCAUACGCCCCUGAAAACAUCAAUUCCGUCAGCGGGAUCAUGGCUCCUGUUGAUGACAGACCGUACAGAUUCUCAUUCUAUUCUAAUUCCCUGUCAGCUACAAUCCAUGCCAGAAAUCUAUCGGAACUACCCGCUGAGGGACAGUCUUUCCAAGAUUUAUUUACAGGAAUAUCUAUACCAUCUGAGGGGAGCACCUUUAAAGGUAUGUUUGCCCCCAUUCUCGUGGUUCUUCCAACGUAUGGGGGUCCAUUAGGCCGUCAAGGCAACAGCGGUUCUAACCGCAGAAGCGAGAAACCUCCAGGGGACCCUGGAAAGCCGAUCGGAAGUAGCGGAGGUGAUUAUGAAGCGAGCACAUGGUGGCUCGAUGUUCUGAGCCCCACCGAUGAGGAGAUGAAUGUUCUUAGCAAGGUGUUUGGCAUCCACCCCCUGACCACUGAAGACAUCCAAAUGGAGGAAACUCGGGAAAAAAUUGAACUAUUCCGGAAUUAUUACCUCGUUUGUUUUCGCAGCUUCGAUCAGGAUCCCUAUGGUCCCACAUACCUGGAACCGUUGAAUAUGUAUAUCGUGGUCUUUCGAGAAGGCAUCUUAUCGUUCCAUUUUCGGCCAACUCCACAUCCGCAGAACGUCCGCCGGCGCAUCAAACAGCUGAAGGAUUACAUAAAUGUCACGUCUGAUUGGAUUUCGUAUGCACUGAUUGACGAUAUUACCGACGCCUUUGGACCGCUUAUUCAAUCGAUCGAGUAUGAGGUUGACUCAAUCGACGAACUCGUGCUUAUCCUGAAGGACACGGAGCAGAGCGACAUGUUGCGCCGGAUCGGGCUAUGCAGGAGAAAAGUUCUUGGCCUUCUGAGACUUAUGGGUAGCAAGGCAGACGUUGUCAAGGGGCUCGCAAAGAGGUGUAAUGAAAACUGGAGAGUGGCACCCACGUCAGAUAUUGGGUUGUACCUGUCCGAUAUACAAGAUCAUCUUAUUACAAUGACUCAAAACUUGAACCACUACGAAAAAAUUCUGUCCCGCUCGCAUUCGAACUACCUGGCUCAGAUUUCUAUCGAGAUGACCGAUGCAAAUAACCAGAUCAAUGACGUCCUUUCGAAGCUGACUGCUUUGGGUACGAUUCUUAUACCCAUGAACCUUGUAACGGGUCUGUGGGGAAUGAACGUCCAUGUACCAGGGCAAGAUAUCACGGUACGUGAUUUCUACGUUGUCAGUUGCUCUUUGCCCAUGGGAUCCGCGCAGGAGGGUUACGCAUGGUUCAGUUCUAUUGUUGCGGCGCUCGCUGCCUUCGCUGUGAUUGGCGGUUAUACGACGUAUAAAUUUAUGAGACGGUGACGCUUCCCCCCUGUCUUUCAUAUGAUUUAUUUUCGGACGGUCAUACUUGACUACAUGUCACCUGUCGUUCGGCGUUUUAUGAAGUAUUACAAUAGGUGAUUCACGAGACCAAGCACACUACGUGGGUGUCGUAUCUGUUAAAUUCAUUCGAUACUCCUUCAACACAUACGUAAUUGCAGCACU